AUGGAUAAUCCUUUAACACCUAAUAAAAUCCUUAAACUAUUACAUUAUGCAGAGGAUAAAUCUUUUAGUGCAAAAAAACGACUGCCCCUUAAAGAAGAAGAAACAAAGCGUGUGGACUUGCAGGAAAAUGCUAUGAAUAAGUCGAGUAUGCAUUUUGAAUCAUCCUCUGGAAUUUUGGACUUAGAAAGAGUUGAGGGAUUUGGGGAAUCUGGCGUUGGAUUGAUGUCAUUAAGUAAAUCUACUGCUUUUAAUCCUGGUGAGAUGACUGGAAGGUCAACAGGCACGGAGGAUAUAAAAUCACAGACAGUAAACUUAGGCACAGCAAAGGUAGGAGAUAUGUUUGAGGAAUAUGGACGCCAUUCAUUCGCCUUGGAGAGUCUUACAAGUAAUUUAGACAAGCAAACUCUGGAAGUUAAUGAUAUUAUGAGACACUCAAUUGCUACAAAUUAUUCAUUUAAUUCAAAGAGAGAUUUAACAGCAGAUGAAGCAUCUUUUGUGGUCAAGCAAGCCCCAUUGCCAGUUCAACAAAGUGCACGAGUCAAUAUUACCACAGAAAACACUCUAGAAAGCAACACAAAUAUGUCAAUGGGAUCUUAUUUUAAGAAUAGGUGUCCGGAAUUUUCAAAUAUUCUUGGGAAAACCGAUAGCCCGAAUAGGUCUGUGCGACCCAGUAUCAGUGAAGUUUCUACAUCAGUCCCCAUGAAGUCUAGUGAAAAUGAAACCAACAACCCAUACAAAAUGGACCAGUCUUUAGAUUGUGUCCCAUCACUAACUGCUGACCAGUUUUUGAAAAGAGCACAUCCAUCUCCAUUUCAAAUACCCACCGAGGAAUCUGGCGCAUCCAUUGACAAUGAAAACACUGAAAAUUCCCUCAGCAUAUCCAAAAUAGCAGAUUACUUAGGAAAACAGUCAAAUGUGAGCAUUACUGGCAUGCUUCAAUUAAAUAACCAGAAAAAACAGAUGAGCAAAAAGCAGCCACUUUCAGAGCUACACAUGAAUGUGCAGAACACUGGAAAAAUUGACGACAAAAUGCUUGUGACUAAGUUAAAAGAUGUCAGGAAGAUGGAAACAGCAAGUUCAGCAAGUACAAUGAGCACGGUGAUUUCCCUUGACAAACUAAAUAUAAAUCAAGAGAAAACCGAAAUCCCAGCUGUGGUCAUUACUCGGCAUUCAAUGAACAAAAAUGAGAGUCAUGAUAUAGAGAAUAAAAGUAGAACUGUCAGAUCAAAAUCUCCAUCAAGCAAGAGCCAAUCAACUAUGAGCACAGUGCAAGAAAACUUUACAAGUUUCAAAUCUAAUGAUAGCCCACUUCACAACAGCAAAGGCGAGGCUAACUUGACACACAUUCCUUCCCCAAAUGUUGAAUAUAAAGAAUUAGAUAAGUCAGUAGAUUGGCAAGAGAUAUUACAGCACAAAAAUUUGAAACAGGAGAGCUUAGCUAAAGAACAAUGGGCAGAAAUCCAUUCUUCUGUUGUCAAUGGUUUUGUUGGAACUAGCAGUGGAGCUGCUAUUACAAUAACAACACUUACGGAUAGUUGGUUGACAGCCAAAUUUCAAUUCAAUAACUUACCCAAUUUUGGACGCGAACUGACUAUUGAGCUUCCGCGACAACCCUUGUUACUAUCGCCUGGAAAAACUGAGCAGUUCUCAUUGCACAUUAUAUCAAAUGUCGAAAUGAAUGCAACACUUCCUUUCUCCGUGUAUCUCAAAGACGCUUCCAUUGACGGCGAGAUAGAACAAAACGGCGAGUUACAAGUGAACUUCAAAAUGCCGACGAUCCAGGCCCUGUCUUGCGAUGGCAUGAACAAAAUAGCGUUUCCACCCAUACACGAAAACUCUUCGCUAACUAAAUAUUUUGUAAUCCUUAGUGAUUGUCCGGUUGAUUUGCAACUGGAUUUGUCGAUUGUCGAAGGUGACAGUAUGUUCACCAUAAAAAGUGUUCAGGAAAUUCGCAAAAACGACGUUAGCAAGGCUCUAAUGGAACGACACGACUCCACCGAAGCAGAUCAGCCAAGAGCAGGAAAAACCAAAGGAAAGAUUUCUAAUAAACAGCUGUGUAGACUUACAAGUGGUAAUGCCAUUCGAGUUUCAAUUAUGUUCACCGCUCCCAAGCUCUUUGAAUUGGAUUUAACAGAAAAUGCCAUCACUUUUAAAGGUGCUUUAAUGGUACACCUUAUUGGAAUAAAAGCUGUGCUGAAGACAGUUGAUCUCAUAGGUGUUGUUGCAUCAGCCAAUUUAGAAAUUGACUUACCUUCGCAAACAUUGCAAAUUACAAAUGAAACCAAGUCCAUAGCUUUAAGAAACACUGGAUCUAUAACAGGUAAUUGGAUUAUCAGAGUUAAGGAAAAAAUGUCGUAUGAGAAUAAUGUACCGUUUCAAGUGUCACCACAUAGAGUCGAAAUACGUCCUGGAUGUGAAAAACAAAUAAAUAUAUCAUAUACUGGGCCACAAGAUGUUGCACAUGAAGCAAUUUUAUUGCUGGAAGACAUCAAUUCUGGUAACACAAAGACCGUAGACAUUUGCGGUGGUACUGAUAAGCCAAAAAUAUUCCCCAUCAAAACCAACUACAGUACUAUGUCUUGGGUACGAGUGGGCAGGAAGGAGCUUAGCUUGAGAAACUCCACAAACAAAAAGAUCCAGAUACGUUGUCAGAUAGUAGGCGAAGGAUUUUCCAUAGACCUACCAGGAGUGGAGUCCAGAGGACCCUAUUGUGUGUCCUUUGGCCCCAAUGACUGUCGACCGCUGCCUAUAGUGUUUGCACCCAGCUCCACUGCCCCACAUACAGCCGCCCUACAUUUAGCGUACGAUAAAAGUUGCGAAUUUUCAAGAAAGGUGAAGCUGUUCGGGUGCGCGAGCGGCGAGUGCGUGCGCUGGAGCGGCCUCGUGACGUACGGCGACACGGCGCUGCUACGGGCCGCCGCGCGCUCCCCCAUUAGUGUCGCCCUCUACAACAAGUACAGCGUGCCCGCCUUCAUCUGCGCCCGGGUUCACUUCAACCUGCAAUACCGGUGCUGCGAGGGCAGCUCGCGGCUGGAGGGGGCGCGGCGGGUGGUGGGGCCGCGCAGCGCCCACUCGGUGGUGCUGCGCGUGGAGUGGGCGCGGGUGGAGCGGCGCGCGCGCUCCGUGGCCGCCAGCGCGCUCGCCGCGCUCACCGUGCUCGCGGGGCCCGAGCUCACCCGCCGCAGGAUACUCAGAAUCAUAAGAAACAAAACAACCGGGGAGCUGGAUACUUCCCUUUUACCAGAUCAUCUAAAGGUGUUGGCACAAGAAUUCGAAGGGCAAAAUGUAGUCUCGGAUGAAGUCUUACAAGAUUUUGAAGAAACAACGUCGUCGUUGAAUGAGCUUAUUGAAAGUCUACAAGAGUUGACGGCUCAGAUUGACCUGCCUCAAGACUUCGCUGAUGAAAACACAAUCAUAAUCAACGACGACACUGUUUUGGAACAUCAUACACUUUGUGAU